AUGUGCAGGAAAGAGAUACAGAUUAGAGAACAACAUAACGGCAAUAUUGAAGAGCUACAGCUUAUAAUCGAGAAACUUAAACAAGAGCUGGCUGUAAAGGAGGAGGCCCUCAUCAAUCGGGGUGCGUUGCUGUCUGUGGGGAAUCAGACUGAGGAAACUGGCCUGCUGCACCACUGGUUUUGUGUGUUGUGCCAGCGAGGUGCUGUACUCUGCUCAGGUCGACUGAUUCCCCAACACGAGAAGUGUGUCAAGACCUCAUUAAUCUCACGUUCUCCAGAAGGUCUGCAUGUAUACAAAGUCCGCUACACCAACAGCUCAACGGAAAUACCAGAAUUUCCGAAAACACCAGAAAUUGCCAUGGAACUCUUAAUGGCUGCCAACUUUUUAACCCGUGUCAAUUGCAAUGUUUGGACCUUAGUUUAUGAAGUGUGUUUCUGCUUCCUCUAAAUUCAGUUGAAAACUUCAUCUUUAUGCAAAAAAAAUUGAUCUUGGAUCGAGGACAGCAUGGAUAUGUAUGUGGACUGGUGUAUUGUCAAAAAAACCCACAACUAAAUUAAAUACAAAUUUUUAUAUUCAUCUUCUGGGAAAGAGUAAUGUAUACAUAGAACUGUGGAAGAAUUUUAUUAUUUGAAUUGACUGAAUGGUAUUUGAUGCGUACCAAUUUAGUUUUUGUCUUGUCCGGACCACAUCUUGCAUACAGAUGCAUACAAGACCAUCAAAUCUCACAUGUAGAAACAACUUGGGAUGGCGGUGUGUCGGGUACUAUUACUAGGACGCUGUGACCUACCUUUCAAGGUCUACUACACAGUAAAUCCUUGUCUGGACCAUAUCUUGCAUACAGAUGAAUACAGGACUAAUUUUUAUAAACAAAUGAAACAAAACCAUUAUUAGAAAAUACCUGUUCGAGUGGUCCAAAUCGUGCAAAUAUGUUUCGAAGUGCAGAGUGUGAUGCAGAGUUAUUCUUCAUGGGAAUUAUUCCCGGCCAUUACUCAACACAUGAGAAUAAGUUAUGGUUAAGGCUACUCAGAAGUAUGUCUCUCUAUCUAUCUAUCUCUCUCUCUCUCUCUCUCUCUCUC